AGUCGAGCGACGUGCGCGUCCGUUAAUCGAGGCGACGAUGAGCGCGUCCGCUGGAGGAGAGAGAUGAGCGUCCGCCUGUCGAGCGACGAAGGCGUCCAGCCAGUCAGUCGAUGAGCGCGGCCGCCGGUCAAUCAGGCGAUGAGCUCGUCUGUCGAGCGAGCGACCAUGUAGCGCGUCCGUCAAUCGAGCGACGAGCGCGUCCGUCCGCCGAGCGAGCGACUAGCGCGUACGCCUAUCGAUCGGGCGAGGAGCGCGCACGCCUAUCGAGGCGACGAGGGCUACAUGCGCGUCUGCCGGUCUAUCGAGCGAGCGACGUGCGCCUACGCCAGUCGAGCGAGCGACGGGGGCGUCUGCCCUAGUCGGUCGAGCGACGUUGAGCGUCUGCUGGUCGAGCGACGUGCGCGUCUGCCUGUCGAUCGAGCGAGCGACGUGCGCGUCCGGCCAUCGAGCGAGCGGAAAGCGCGUCCGCCGAUCGAUCGAU